AUGUCGGGUCGAACACCGAGUUUUAUUGUUGUUGGUCUUGUUAUUAUUAUGUUUCUUCUUGGUCUUUUUUACAUGUCAUGUUCAUCAAAAAAUACUGAACUUCGACAAUCUUUAGAACAAUUUGAAGAACGUAUUCGAUCGUUAACAAUAAAAAAUAGUGAUGCAGAAAAAAAACUUGAAAGUAUUAUUUCACGUAAACGUGAACUUGAUGAAGAAAAAUUAGCUAUUCAACGACAAAUGGAAAAAAAAGAUUCCGAAAUUAAUGAUCUUAAUACAAAAUUAAAUGAAAAAUUAGCUGAACUUCAAAGUCUUAAAACAGAUAAAAAUGUUCUUGAUGAACAAUUAAAAGAAUAUAAAUCAAUGAGAGAAACACUUGGUUCAAAAGAUUCAUUUAUUGAAAAAUUAGAACAACAAAUAAAUGAUGAAAAAAAAUCUCAUAAUGAUGAAUUAAAUCGUUUAAAACGAGAACAGGAAACAUUAAAAAAUAGUCAAUCUUCACAAAAUAAUCAAUUACCUGCACAAAAUGAACAACAAAAUGCUUUUAUAAUUCCACAACAACGUUUUCGGCCAUUGCUACCAAAUAAUGUAACAACAAGAAGUCUUGCAGCAUUAUUGCAAGAUCCUUUAAAUAAAUUAAAUAAUCUAACACACGAAGUUAAAGCACAAAUAGCUCCAGCAGCAUUAGAUCUGCGAGAUAAAGCUUUAGAUGUACUUGGUGUUGAUAAAAAGACAUCAACUACUACAAUAUCAAAUGAACAACAACAAGAUGUUAAUAAUGAUAAACUUCAUCAACAAGCUAAUCAAAAUGUUCCACCACCACCAUUAGCUAAUCAUGCACAAGAACAAGAACAACAACAACAACCAGAUCAUGUUGAAUCAGUUCGAGUUGCACCUCAACCUUCAAACAUAGCUAAUGAAGAAAAUCAAGUAGCAGCAGAUAAUCCACAAUAUCAGCAGCGUUUACAACGAUCCUUAAAUAAUUCAAUAUCUGAUAAUAACAAUAUAAAAUCUUUGGAUAAUAUUGAAAAUGAAAAUGAUGAUGAAGAACAAGUUGAUGUAGACAAUUUACAACAGAAUAUUGUUUCUCCUUUAAAUUCUAUCCAACAAAAUAAUGUAGAAAAUAAUAAUCGUCCUAUGGGUGCUUCUUCACUAUUACAAUCGAAUGAUAACAAUAAUGAUAAUAAUUAUCCUAUAGCUAAUCGUGAACGAUAUCGACAAAUUAAAAAUAAAAUUCGAGAAGAACAAAAUGUUGAAUAA